AUGGGCUCUAUUGAUCUCCCCCAAACCCAAACAGUCGCCCUGGUUCGCGACCUUGGCGGUGCAGUCGAGUUCAAAACAGAUUACCCAGUUCCAACACCAGGACGCAACGAAGUCCUCGCAAAAGUCUUGUACACGGGUGUCUGCCAGAGUGACCUACACACCAAAUCUGGCACGGCAGCCGGUCCAGACGGAAAUCCCAUCACGAAAAUCAAACUUCCCCACAUCGGCGGUCACGAAGGAAUUGGUCGGAUCAUCUCGCUAGGCCCGGACAUCACACAUGGCAACGGUCUGAAGGUUGGUGGGCUUGUUGGGAUCCGAUUCUCGAGUCGGAUUUGUCGACGAUGCGAGUUUUGUCUUGCUGGUACCGAGCAGUAUUGUGUGCAGAGUACCAAUCACUUGCACCAUGAGGAUGGUAGUUUUCAGGAAUAUAUUGCUCUCGACGCGGAUUACCUGACUGUGUUGCCGGGUGAUGUGGACCCGGUGGUUAUGGGACCGGUUCUGUGUGCUGGGUUGACGACUUAUAAGGCGGUACUGAAUGCGAAUGUCAAGCCCGGUCAAUGGGUGGUGGUUGUUGGUGCUGGCGGAGGACUCGGACAUUUGGCGGUUCAAUACGCAAGGGCCCAGGGUGCUCUGGUUAUUGGUGUGGACACCGGGCCUGGUAAAGGGGAUUUCGUUCUCGGGAUUGGGGCACAGGAGUUCAUCGACUUCGCCAAGGAAGACCCCAUCAAGAGGGUACAAGAAAUCACCGGACUCGGCGCCCACGCUGCGGUCGUCACGGCCGGCAACGCGAAGGCAUUUGCGCAUGCAUGCGAAAUGUUGCGGGUCGGAGGAAGCUUGAGUUGUGUGGGCAUUCCGCCCGGGCGUCCUUGUCUGGAGACGCCUAUUUGUACGAUUGUGAUUAAGGGUUUGAGAAUCACGGGUAACUUGGUUGGCUCCUUGAAGGAGUGUAUGGAGGCGGUUGAUCUUGUGCGACGGGGUGUGGUGAAGCCUGUUAUCAAGGUGCGGCAAUUCAGGGAAUUGCCUCAGGUAUAUGAAGAGAUGGAGAAGGGAGACAUUGCUGGGCGAGUUGUCCUUCAAAUUGCGCAGUGA